AUGUAUUCCUGCAGAGGUUCAGUGUGUCUACUGGUCUUGCUGGGAGCGGUAUUGGCAUCUGGGGGCCCUAUUCAAUACAUCUCAGAGAACAUCAAACAUGCCCAGGAAUCCAUCGCAGACGAGCUGGGGCUGAAGAUGCCUGAGAUCGCCAGUGAACCUGUCUUCACUUUCAUCAUCAAGAGUGUCAACACCACAUGCUGGAGAAGAGAUGACAUUCAGCUGAUGAAUGCAACUCUGGAUGUCUACAAGCGCAUCUUCUCCAGCAUUCUGCACGAGCACUCCAAUCACCACAGCAAGACCCAGAGUUCAGGUCUGCUGGACCACCUGUCUGAAGUAAAGAGAAGCAAUAUCUCCAAACAUCUGAGGAAACUGCAGCAAAAGAUGGAGGACCUGAAGAACCACCUUAACAGCCUGAAUUCCAAUAAAGACCGUGAACUCAGAAAACUUGAGGCGAUCAAGGUUGACGACCCCAUGGUGCAGAAAAAGGCGAUGGCUGAGUUCUUGGAGGUCUUCCAGACGGCUUCUGUGAUUGGCUCUUGUAGCCGUUGACCCCACCCACACUGCUUCUUGCAGAACGACAAUCAUCAUUCC